AUGGUUUCUCUCCUGAUAGCGUUUCUUGUAUGUGUCUUGUUGGUGUAUCUUUUGUCUCGCCUCUCACUUAAACACGCACGUCUCCCUCUCCCUCCCGGCCCCAAGGGACUCCCGUUCAUAGGGAACCUUUGGGAUGUGCCCGCAGAGUACCCAUGGCUCACCUACGCUCGAUGGGCUGCCACCUACGGCGACAUCUUCUAUUUGGAUACUCCCGGAAAUCUGACCGUCGUGAUCAACUCCGCAGAAGUGGCUGCGGAUCUGUUCGAAAAACGCUCUGGGAUUUAUUCUGACAGACCAGAUUUCACCAUGAUCAAUUUAGUGGGGUGGGGGUUCAACUCUCGUGCAGUUCCAGCAUAUUACCCUGUGCAGAUGAAAGCGACGUUGGUCUUAUUACAACAGCUGCUUAAAUCUCCAGAUGAGUUUGUUCGCCAUGGUCGCCAUCAUGCUGGUUCAGUGAUCAUGAAAACCGUGUACGGAUACGAUGUCGAUCCAAAUGGCGAUCGGUUUGUGGUUUUAGUGGAUCGGGCUAUGGAAAGUCUUCGCAUUAUUGGGAAUGUGGGAACGUUUCUCGUUGACUACAUUCCGAGCAUGAAAUAUCUUCCUCGGUGGUUUCCUGGCGCAAAUUUCAUGAAUCUUGCAGACGCCUGGAGGAAAGAUGUCGAAGAGAUGGUAAACGGACCGUUUGCAUACGCUUCAGAAUCAAUGGCUAAUGGCAUUGUCACGUCUUCAUUCGUCUCUGAGAAUCUGACCAAGAUGAAAGAGACCAGUAUGUCGGAGAAAGCGACACGACUUGAAAUCGUCCGGAAUGCAGCGGGGGUAGCCUUCGCCGCGGGCGCUGACACUACCGUAUCGGUCAUCCUUUCCACUAUGCUUGCAUUUCUUCUUUACCCCGAAGUUCAAGCCAAGGCUCAAGCCGAACUGGACGCUGUGGUCGGUCCCACCCGUCUGCCAAACUUUGACGACCGUCCGCAGCUGCCUUAUAUUGACGCUAUUCUGUUUGAAGCACUCAGAUGGAAUCCUACUGUACCAAUGGGUGUUGCUCAUCGUAGCUUGAAUGCAGAUAUUUACAAAGGAUAUUACAUUCCUGCAGGCGCAACCGUCGUUGGUAACACUUGGGCUAUACUUCACGAUGAAAAGUUUUAUCCCAAUCCUCUUGUCUUCGACCCCGACAGGUUCAUACCCGAAGAGGGGAAAGAACCCCAACCUGAACCUAUAGCCGUGUUUGGUUUUGGAAGACGCAUAUGUCCCGGCCGUUAUCUUGCAUUGAAUUCUGCAUGGAUUGUCAUCGCGUCUAUGGCAUCGACGCUAUCGUUUACCAAGGCUAUUGAUUCUGAAGGUCGGGUUAUCGAACCUAGUGAUACCUUUACGGACGGUUUUCUCAGGCAAGUCCUUUCACAUAAGCUUUCCCAUACCUUUCAAAUGUACUAUAAAGGAAAUCUCUGGGAUGUGCCCGUCGAAUAUCCAUGGCUUACUUACACUCAAUGGGCUUCUACCUACGGCGACGUCUUUUAUCUGGAUACUCCCGGAAAUCCGACCGUUGUAAUUAACUCUGCCCAGGCAGCGGCAGAUCUGUUCGAAAAGCGCUCAGCCUUCAGGGAAUUACUCCAAUAAACCAGGCCCGGAUCAGCAAACUCGUACA